AUGGAGCUGUACGCGGACCUGGUCCCCCUCACCGCGGAGAACUUCCGCGCCCUCUACACCAAGAAGCCGCUCCACUACAAAGGGCUUUGUCUUUCACAGCAUUAUCCCAGGAUACAUGUGGAAGGGCGGCGACUUCGUCAAGGACCAUGGCACCGGCGGCGAGUUCAUUUGCGGCGACACCUUCCCAAUGAGAAUUUCCUACUUCCACACGACCGCCCGUGGUUACCCAACGGCUCCGCCGAAAACAACAUCUCACAGUUCUUUACCCGCGUGCCCUGGUUCGAUGGCAACUACGUCGUCUUCGGCUGUAUCAUCUCCGGCUUCCACAACCUCAAGGCCAUCGAAGCGGAGGUGGAGGUCAAGAUUGCCAACCGUGGCGAGGUCGUCAUUGUCCCGCCGCCGUCGUUAACUACUAAUUAA